UACUCAGUUGCUGAUACUGUCUCGAUUUACGUGUAUGUGUGUAUCGUGUUGGAACGUUUCGUUCAUCUAGAAGAAGUCGUCGUGUACAUGUUUAUCAUUUGAUUUGACUUUAAACAUAGAUGAACAUUUAUUGACGAAAUAUAGUAUUUUUUUAAACAAUUUAGCUAGAAUUAGGCAUUAUUUUUUUUUGUUUCAUUGCUCAAUCGAGAAUUUAUUGCGUUCGUUUAUUCUGUAAUUAAAUCAAAUCGGUGGCAAAAUGAAUAUUCCAAAUGAAUACAUUACAAAAACAGAAGACGUUGCCGAUCAGGUAAUCAGAAAAGGAAAACACGUUCUACCGACGAUAGCAAGAUUUUGUUUGAUAGCUACAUUCUUUGAGGAUGGUUUGCGUAUGUGGUUCCAAUGGAACGAACAAAGAGAAUAUAUGGAUAUGAGUUGGGGAUGUGGAUGGUUCUUAGCAACAGUGUUCGUAUUGGUGAAUUUGUUUGGACAGCUGGGCGGCUGUGCUUUGGUUAUUACACGAUUCAAAGUUGACAUAGCUUGUGGUAUGCUAUUCUUCAUCGUUGUUCUUCAGACAAUUGCAUACUCCAUCUUGUGGGACUUCCAUUUCCUGUUGCGAAAUUUCGCAUUGAUUGGCGCAUUAUUGCUGGUUUUAGCCGAAUCACGUGUUGAAGGUCGUAGCUUAUUUGCUGGAGUUCCAUCGCUUGGUGAAAACAAGCCGAAAAACUUUUUGCAAUUGGCUGGACGCGUUUUAUUGGCAUUCAUGUUCGUUACGUUGCUUCGCUUUGAAUUAUCGGUGCUCCAAGUUAUUCAAGAUAUUUUCGGCUCAAUCCUCAUGGUGAUGGUUACAAUUGGUUACAAAACAAAAUUGUCAGCCUUGGCAUUGGUACUUUUAUUAACAAUGUUGAAUUUGUAUUACAAUGCAUGGUGGUCAAUCCCAUCACAUAAGCCACUGCGUGACUUUUUGAAAUAUGACUUUUUCCAGACUCUGUCUGUGAUCGGUGGUCUUCUGAUGAUUGUUUCACUUGGUCCAGGCGGUGUGUCAAUGGAUGAACACAAGAAAAAAUGGUAAACACUCAAAUGACAAUCGAAUGUGCUCAGAAGCCUAUUCGAAUACCGUUGAUGGAAUGCGAGUUACAUUUUUCGAUAAGGUUCACCUAGAGAGAGUUUCACGCAACAAUUUAAAUAGGGGAAAGAAAAUCAAUUUAAUAGACUUAAAAGUUACAAUUUUAUACCAUACAAUUCUAUAUUUUAAAUAAUUAUUAUAUCCAUAAGAAUGUUUUCACGAUGACAUAAACCAUAUGUGGGAAGAAUUUAGACGAAAACAACAUUCAAUAUUCAUCAUUUGAUUUAAUAUGAGUUUGAUAUUAUUAUGAAAACAAGAAUUGAGAGAAGAAAACAAAAACUGUUCCAAUGUGUAAAAAUAAUGUGUGCGGGAAAUUUCAAGUGAGAAAUAAAAUUCAAAUUGCUUCCAAGGUUGUUUAGUUUAAAACAUCUCGUGUGGUAUCUUCUGCUGGACCACAAAAUAUGUGCAUUUGAACAGGGAUUGGAUUUGAUAAAAAAAUUGUAAAUCAUAUGUAAUAUAAAUUAUAAUUGUUUUUUUUUUUUUUAAUUUUUGA